AUGCUGGUACGCUAUUCCGGUACUGUGUGACUGAUCUGGUCGAUCACUCGAUUGCAUGCAGUUCUUGCAGGACUUGCAUUCAUGUUUUCAUCUAGCAUCCUGCUCCAGAUCUUGGCUUGUGCGAUAUACAGCAACUGGUGGCCAAUGUUAUCAGCUCUGAUGUAUGUUCUGGUGCCAAUGCCUUGUCUUUUCUUUGGUGGUGGAACCACUCAAUUCCUUACCAGUCGAGAAGGUGGAGGUUGGAUAGAUGCUGCCAAGUUCUUGACAGGUGCAUCUGCUGUUGGGAGCAUGGCCAUUCCCAUCAUUUUGAGGCACGCCGGCUUGAUUGGAACCGGAGCAAUGUUCAUUGAAUUCACGUCUUUCUUCAUAUUUGUCUGCACGAUCCUUUGCUUCCAUCGUGCCAGUCUGGACGAUGAGUGGUAACACUUCUAUCAAGAGACGAUGUCUGUAAAUCUUGGACCGCUGCAGUGUUUGGUUAUUUUGGAAGAGUAAAAUGGAAAAAAAAUUAACAAGAAAGUUGAAAAAGAGAGGAAGAUAUAUAUCCAACAUGUACAGAUAGAUAAAUUAUUGGUCGGUUGGCAGAGUUUGGUCUUGUGAAUCUUUGAUGUUAGAUUAGCAGCAGACCUCUUCCACAUUUCUGACUCUUCCAGUAAUUUGAUAUUUUGAAAUAAUUGAUACGUCUCC